ACAAACUGAAAAGGCUGUAUCAACUACACACGAAAAAAUAUGGACGGAUUUUGAUCGUGCUAAAAAGCAGGAAUGAAUUUCUUUAAAAAGCCAAAAUCGAUCAAUAAGGAUAAUGAUGAAGAGAUCAAGCUGCCGAGCACUUUUAUAGUCUCCUACCUCGGCUAUAAAGAAGUUUAUGGACAUCAACGUAUGAAACAGUGCGUGUCAGAGUUGUUCAAUGCCUACGACAGACGGAAAUCAGUGACUAUAGUUCUUAAUUUAACAUUAGAGGAUAUGACAGUCAGUCUUCAUCAUUCUAGUCCCAUAAAAGAAAUUGAUGACACCCUAAAGGAACCUAUACCUAUUCAAUUCAUAUCUUACGUUUCACAAGAUUAUGAUCAUCAAAAUGUAUUCUCUUGUCUUGUGGUAAGGGAGUUGAGCUAUACAAAAAAGAAAGUAGAAUGCCACUCGUUCUUAUGCGAUAGCGAAGUAGAAGCCAUCCGCUUAGGAAAGACAUUUAGAAAAGUUUUCGAAUUAUUUGUUUCUUCGGUAAAGGGUGAAUUUCAAUUUAAAGUUGAUCUACAAGAGGAAGUAAAUAAGCAAAACGGAAAGAGUGAUACGAAAAGUAAACAUGAAGAAGCCGAUGCAUAA